UGACAGUUCAAGACAAGUGUCCGAGCGAAGUGGAGCGAUUGCAAUGUUUUCGUGUUUAGUUGGAUGUUUUCUGUAAAGGAUUCCGAUGGAUUAAUUAAUUGAAAGUUAUUCUGUGGAUCAGCAGACAUCAUGCCGGACGAAUCGGUAAAAGUAGCUGUCAGGGUCCGUCCCUUUAAUCAAAGGGAAAAGGACAGACAGGCAAAACUCAUUAUUAAGAUGCAGGGUCAGAUGACUACUAUUACAAAUCCGGAAACACCAAAUGAAGAACCUAAAAGCUUUUCCUUCGAUUACUCAUAUUGGUCACAUGAUGGCUUCCAAGAGCAGAGCGAUGGCGUAUUAGUUCCUGCGGGCGGGAGUAAUUAUGCCAGUCAGAGAAGAGUGUUCGAAAAUCUGGGACAAGGCGUUCUGGACAAUGCUUUUGAAGGCUAUAACUGUUCCCUGUUUGCCUAUGGCCAGACAGGAUCUGGAAAAUCCUACUCCAUGGUGGGAUAUGGAAAUAACAAGGGAAUCGUACCAAUUACCUGUGAUGAAAUGUUUAAAACCAUGGACAAAAAUACAGACCCAAAUAAGAGAUUUGAAGUGACAUUUUCUAUGUUAGAAAUUUACAAUGAACAAGUGAGAGAUUUAUUAUCUAAAGACAAUCCUAAAGGUGGACUUAAUGUGAGACAGAACCCCAAACUGGGCUACUUUUAUGUGGAAAAUCUCAAACGAGUCCCUGUGGGUAGUUACGCUGAAAUUGAGAAGAGAACGGACCAGGGAACGGCCAGUAGAACAGUGGCGUCCACUAACAUGAAUGCCACCAGCAGUAGGGCCCACACUGUAGUCACCAUUACGUUUGACCAAAUCAUCAAGAAUGAGAGUGGGUCAGAAACCAAGAAGAGUAGUGUCAUGAAUCUGGUAGAUUUAGCAGGCUCCGAAAGAGCGGACAGUACGGGGGCCACUGGUGACCGUCUGAAGGAGGGAGCCAACAUCAACAAAUCCUUGUCUGCUCUGGGGAAUGUCAUCUCGGCUCUUGCUGAUUUGUCAAUGGGAACAAAAAAGAAAAUCAUGGUUCCAUACAGAGACUCAGUUCUGACCAAACUCUUACAGAAUGCAUUGGGAGGCAACAGUAAAACAAUAAUGAUUGCUGCCCUGUCCCCGGCUGAUAUUAACUAUGACGAGACUUUGUCCACCCUGAGAUAUGCAGACAGAGCAAAGAAAAUCAAAAACAAAGCAGUAGUCAAUGAGAAUCCAUUAGAUAAACUUAUAAGGGAACUCAAGGAAGAAAAUGAGAAGUUAAAGAGAGCCAUGGAAAGUGGGGGAAUGGUGAUGCAGGAGGGGGCGGGUCUCUCUCCUGAGGAGCUUGAAAAGAUGCGUAAACAGAUGGAAGAGGAUAUUAGAGCUCAGCUAAUGGCCAAUCAGGCAAUGCUGGCAGAGAAUGACCAGAGCUGGGAUGAUAAGCUUGCCGAGGCCAGGACAGAAACCGAGAAAAUUGAAACAGGAGGUGCAGACAGCAAGAGGAAAAGCAAAGAGCCAUAUUUGAUCAAUUUAAAUGAGGAUCCCAUGUUGUCUGGGGUCAUAUGUCACUUCCUGAAGAACAGCGGUGAAACAACUGUAGGAAGGAAGGAUGCCAGUCCUGUACCAGAUAUUUGUCUCAGUGGUCUCAGUAUACAGAAACAGCAUGCAGUGAUAUUUAACAAUAAAGGUGUGAUAGAAAUAGAAUCAGUGUCAGGAAGUGGCUCAAAGACAAAAAUUAAUGGCUUACCUCUCACAGGAAGGAAGGCUCUUUGUCAUAAGGACAGAAUUCUCUUUGGAUCCAACCAUAUGUAUGUUCUGAUGAAUCCCCUGAAACCUGAAACUGCAGAUUCAAGUCUUCCAAAAGAAAUAACUUGGGAGUUUGCUCAGAAGGAAAUUGCUCAGGUGAAGGGAUUUGCCACUGGUUCAGCAGGACUAAGUAAAGAACAACAGAUAGUACAAGAGCAGGUUCUGGAAAUCCUUCCUAUGGUUUCUGAAGUGAAUGCCGUGUCUGAGGAACUGAACAAACAGAAGUCAUUUGAAGUCGUGUUAAUCUCAGCUGCUGCCCAAGAGGGAGGGGACAUAACUCAGUCAAAUGCCUCAAAAGUAACAGUGAAAAUGAAAAAUCUCCUAAAUGGGAAUACAUGGCUGUGGGAGAGGGGAAAAUUCAUCACAAGAAGAUACCUUAUACAGGAAUUGUACCAGAAGUUUCUAGAUGGAGAAGAUGUGUCACACAUUCCUAAAGAACAAGACCCUUUCUGGGAACCCACAGAAGAUGUUCUGAUAGGGACCUCCAAUCUCUUCCUUCAGUCUCUGUCCUAUUGUCUGGACUUUGAGGAUACUCUCAACAUCUCAGAUUACAAAGGUCAGGAGGAAGGGCAUGUCAAGGUCAAACUGGAGCCCUGUGACCCCAAGGGGAAACCUAUUGAUGAGGAGGCAUUUGUGGAUGAUCCUCGUGAGCUACUUAACAAACCUUACAAUUUCAAGCUUACCAUUGAGAAUGCAAACAUACACAAAUCCAGAUUCUCCAAAGGAAUCUUGGUUAAAUAUUCUGUGAAGAACAACGGAAAAGUUGAAGAGGUUAAAACCCCAACUGUGAAGAACACCCUGACCCCAACCUUCAACCACUCCAAGGUCAUCUCCAUUCCUAAACUGAAGCAGGAAAACCUGGAUUUCUUUGAGUCGGGUUGCAUAACACUGUCUGUGUAUGGGAUACAGGAAGACACAUUGCCAGAUCCCAAACUCCUGAAACUUAAUACUAGGGAAUUAAGAGAAGCCUCGUUGUAUCAGGAGUUAAGAGAUGUUACCAUAAAUCAGGAGUUGAGACAGAUGGAGAACAUGGAGAAUUCCCAGGCUCACGCCAGCGGUAGACGAGGUACAAUGUUUGGUAACGAGAUAGCUUCUGACACCUCUCAUCUCAAGACAGAGGUGGUACUGUUACAAAGGAAGUACGAAAGACUGCAGCAGAAAGAACGCCGAAUGCAGCAAAUAUGUGAAGAAUGGUCUAAGAAACCUGCUGAAGAGAAGCAGUUUGAGCCAUUCUACCGAGCGGUUUCAGCAGCUGCCAAUAGCACGGGAACCAGACUCAAGACAAGAGUUCAGAUGCUUAAUCAGGAUGGUAAACAUGUCGGGGACGGGGAUACGAUAAGUUUAUUUGUCUUUGAUGAAAAUGAACACGAAUUGGCACAGGAGGCCAGCUUAAAUAACGGCGUUGUUGACUACCAUAAAGUAUCCAAGCAUCAUUACCCGGAUCUACAACUAACCAAAUCCAAAACUGAUUCUGUGAUAGAAGAAAAAGAGGAAAGUCAGGGAGACCAAGAUUCAUUUGGCUCUGUAGACUUGGCACCCUAUAUGAACCCAGGCACUGAGGACUCUCUCAACCGCAGUAAAGGGUUUACACAAAACGGCAAAAGGACAACUCUUCUCUCUGAUAUAAACUCCAAGAGAGAGGUUAUUAAACCGGCGCGAAAUGCAAUAAGCGAGUAUUCAGCAAACAAAAAAGCACCAACGUCGAAUGGAAAGCGCCCAAGUUCUGCUGAAAACAACAAAACAGAAAGUUCUGCUUGUGUCCUACAGUGAUAUCAUCCAAGUUUCUAGAGUGAAAUUCAAACAUCUCUAUCGAUCUGUUUCAGUAAUGACUUUAUAUAAUCAUAUUCUGUUAUAUUAAUAAGGUAUUGUUUGCCUAGAGUUAUUGUAUUAAGAAUAUCUGUGAUAAAAGGGGAAUGCCACUAUUUUUCCUUAAGAAAAGACCCCGUGCAAUGUUAUCUUUUUGCAAUACGUCUUACUGUUUUCGUUGUCAAAUCAAUAUGUGAUCAUUUUUUUUUUCGUAUAAAAAUGAAGAACUUCAGGUAUUUCAUUAGUAAUGUGAUGACAUGCAAUACUCUUUCAGAUGAGCUUAUGUAAAUUCGGUUACUCUUUUACACACAACUAGUUAUCAUGGUCAUAAAUUGAUGUGAUUUAUGAUGGUUUCCGUCCAUUUUGUUUAUGUUGGAUUUUUUUUUUUUUUUUUAUACAUAUUUGAUAUAUAAUUUUCAUCUCUUUACGAAACUCUUUUGU